AUGACAUACACCGAGGUUGGUUGCGGGCCGGUUGCAAAGACGUACAACUUCUUGGUGACGACUACCGAGUCAGAGAAGACCAGUGCGACGCCCACUUCGUUCAAGUCCUCGGCGUCUUCAACCUCAACAAAUCCACCAACUACCGCAAUAACCUCAACGAGUACCGGUUCCAGCUCGACCACUUUGUUGGAGGCAACGCCCGGCGCGGACAACACUGACUCUCAGCCUUCGGUGUCACCUCCCUCAAACGUCAGUAGCUCCAAAGGCCCGAAGCUAAACAUCAGCGCCAUAAUAGGAGGCGUUCUUGCGUGUCUAGCUCUCAUCUGCAUAACGAUACUCGCGGUCAUAUACAUCGUACGCAAACACAAACGAGAGGAGUCAAGCAGACAGAAGCGACGCAUAUUCGAGCUUCCGAGGAAGGGCUCGAAAACCUCCAAGACAUCUACCGAUAGCACCGACAACUCUUUGCAUGAAACCCAGUAUCCAGAUCCUCCGGAUGACAGGGUUCACCCGGAAGCAGGCUGGGGCCCCUCUGAGGCCUACGGCAGCGAAGUACAGCCGAAUCCACAUGGUCCCUGGGAAAUGUUCAACGAAGAGAGACCUGUGGAGCUUUCAGACGAGAACCGUCCCGCCGAAUUGCCGGAUCAUAACUUCCUCGAAACACUGCCGACAAUAGCACAAGCUCCGACGAGACAAGAUUCGUGGCGGCCGAAUGAUGACGGGGCAGCGUGGGGGGACUUGAGGCCGCCUCCAAGGCUGAGAGACAGACUGCGUUGGACAGCGAACGGGACGGCCGUCCGAGGCGUAGAGUCAGGCUCUUGCGCCUUAACUGUAGGGAAUGGUAUGGUUGUUGGAAAAAGGAGCAAUCCAAUUAUGGUACCCGACGACGAUGGCGUGCGUGGUCGAUCCGGGAUUGUUUCCUCCAACUUUGCGUCGUCACUGCGGCCGAGCCGAAACGGUGACGGGGAGGCACCAACAAAUAGCGCGAGACAUAUAGCAGCAUCUCUACACGUCAAUAUGGGAAGCCCGGCAAGAAGAAACACAACACACCCGCACCCCUCCCAACGCAGUAUCCUCCGGACCCAGUCGACCGCUAUCAGCGUUGCUUCUAGCGGUGAAAUCUACACGAGCUCCCCGAGAGAGGUCAGAACCCUCGUGGAACGAUCAGAGAAUGAAGUUUCUUGA